CAAUUUCAACAGUGUGAUUCAAUAAUAUCUAUUAUCGAUCGACGACGCGCAACCAACGAGAUGAGAUCGCUCUCCAUAGCAUUGCUGGCCAUCAUUGGUAUGUGCUAUGCCGCAAGAUUAGACACCACUUAUCUUCCGCCCAGUAGUGCCGGAAGUGCAGGUGGACCAGGAUUGAUUCAUCCUCCAUCAGGACACGGUGGAGGUGGACCUAUUAAACUUAGUGGCCCGGGUGGUUCAGGUGGUCCUGGUGGUCCAAGUAGUUUUGGUGGUCCAAGUAGUUUUGGUGGUCCAAGUGGUUAUGGUGGUUCUAGUGGUCCUAGUGGUCAUGGUAGGCCGGGCGGAUUUGGUCCUGGGAGUGGUGGCGGCGCUUAUGCAGGUGGCAGCGGACUAGGUAGUGGCCAUGGUGGUGACCAUGGUGGCGGCCAUGGUGGCCAACAAAUACCCAUUAUUUCUUAUACUAGUGAGAAUACUGGUGAUGGAAACUAUCAAUAUAGUUAUGAAACUGGAAAUGGUAUUACCGUGCAAGAAACAGGUCAUCGGCAAGGAGAAUCCGAAUCGGUGAGCGGAUCCUUUUCUUAUACUGGUUCCGAUGGUAUGCAAUAUUCGAUCACGUAUACGGCGGAUGAAUAUGGUUUUCACCCUCAAGGCGCUCACUUGCCGACACCACCUCCGAUUCCACCGGAAAUUCAACGAGGUGUUGAAUUAGCGCUCGCCGCCGAAGCUAGGGGAGAGAAUCAGGAUGGUGGUAGUGGUGGUGGAGGAUAUUCACACGGAGGAUACAGCGGAUAUCCUAACGGAGGAGGUGGCCAUAGCGGUCAUGGAAGCAGUACCUAUCAGGGACCAAGCUCAUACCAGACAAGUUCAAGCAGUGGCUACCAAUAUUAGACAACAGAUUGGCAAGGAUCAUUUAUGCGCAUACCGCAUACAGGCAUACCAUUUUCCGUUUAUCUAUUUCAUGUACAUAUCGAUAUAUCAUUCAUGCAAUUUUUUUAUUUAUAUAAAGUGAUAUGAUAUACUAUACUUAUUUAUACCCACUCUCUAAUUUUUCUUUUCUUAAAGUUGCCUUUGUGUAGCAGCAAUCCCUAUUAUUAAAGCACCUUAUACAUAUACAUGACACUAUGCAAUUGAGAAACUAAACAACUGCGAUAUAUUGUGCAUUAUUCUUUAUAUGCGCUUAUUUUACACACACACACACACACAC